UUGCAUACUCCUUUUGAGCACUAAAAAUACAUAUAUAGUUUAAUAGUGACACCCAUUAUAAGUUUUUAAUCUUGAUUGCAGAACUCAUUCAUGUAUACACAAAGAAUGAAUACUUUGAUGAGGAUUGGUUCAAACCAUGAAAUGGUUUACAGUCCUAAAAGCAGAGAUCUUGGUAGUGUACAACAACAACCUUGCCAAGUAGGAUUCAACGUGUUGCCCUCGGAUAUCGUUAACCAUCAAGAGCAAGAAGAUCAGCAACAAAUGAUGAUGAGCUAUAGACAAGAUUCUCCAUCUUGUAGUAAAACGAUCAUGCAACAAAUCGGUUCACCAGCCUCUGCCCUUUGGGCAACUGAAAGAUUUUUGGGUUUUUCUCAAGAUAGAUCUUUUAACGAACAAAUUGAUGCUUCGUCUAUACCCCAGAUGAGAUUUGAUCAGUUUAUAAGGCCUAAUGAAUAUGGUUACCUCAAUUCUUACGAUAGAUCACACAAGAUGAGGGGUGGUAAUUUUUCAGAAAGGGAUAAGCUUAGAGAGCUAAAAAGAAAAUUACUUGAUGAAUCUGAUGUAGUUUCUGAUUGGAGACAAUCACCACCCUCUAUUUGUUUUGAUGGAAAUAAAGAUCUUGAUGAGCAAUUUGGUCAUUCAAGAAACACGCCUAGGACACCUUCGAGUCAAGGUUUGGUCAACCGUACGAAUCCUGCAAAUGUUAUGCCAAGUAAAACACGAAUCAGAUGGACUCAAGAUCUCCAUGACCGGUUUGUGGAGUGUGUGACUUGCUUAGGUGGUGCUGAAAAGGCGACACCAAAGGCGAUAUUGAGACUGAUGGAUUCAGAAGGCUUAACAAUCUUUCAUGUUAAAAGCCAUUUACAGAAAUACAGAGUUGCCAAAUAUUUGCCUGAAACUGCAAAAGGGAAUUUGGAGAAGAGAAAUAAUAUUGAUACCAUAUCGCAAAUUGAAAAUAUAACCGGCAUGCAAUUUAAGGAUGCACUGCAAAUGCAACUUUCUGUACAAAGGCAACUUCAUGAGCAACUAGAGAUUCAGAGAAACUUGCAGUUGAGAAUAGAGGAACAAGCAAAGCAACUAAAGAUGAUGUUUAAUCAACAUCGGCAACAAAAGACCAGUAUAUCCCAGAAUUCGGAAAUCACAUCUUUACAUGAUGAUCACCACUCCACGAAUCUUGAUGAUGAAGAGAUUGUGAAUUUGGAAGAUGAUGAUGAGAAUACCCUUUUCCCAUCCAAAAUAAGUUAGCUUUCUAUCAAGAAAGCUCAAACUUUUUUGAUGAAAAAUCCAUUUGUGUCUUUAACAGUUGCGAGAAACACAUGAUUGUCUGUUCACAUGAUCAACAAAACAAAACUUGCAGAUGAUGAUCAAGCUGCUCGCAUUUUGUGAAUGAACUUUCAUAUCUUAAUGUAAAACCUGUUUGUUUAUACUUGAUAACUAGGCUGUUAUCUUGUGUUACUGUGUGCAAAUAAGAUUCGUUAAUGAAUAAAAACUAUGCAAUUCGCUAUAAGAAAUAACGUGAGGUCGGGAAAAGAUCAAAAGACAAAAGAAACACAAAGAAGGGGUCAGGAUGUAACCUUUCGUCCAGCAAAUGGACGUAUAUAUGUAUCAAAGUCCAUAACGAUCAUACUAAUGUUGACCUGCUCAAUGGUUUUGGGACCAUUUUGGGAUUCUCGUGAGAAUUGCUAAA